UGAUCUUGCUUCACUUCAUUCGAAAUUUAGAGAAGAUAUCUCGAGUUUAUCGGGGCCAUGGUUGCGGUUGAUUCCUCUUUCUCUAGCCAUGGUAGCUUUAGUUCUAGUAGAAGGAAGAAAGUCUCUGCUUUGGAACCGAAUUUUUUUGGUUCAAUGUGUAUGGGAGUUUACAGUGAUGAUGUUUCAAUCUCUCCAAGGGAAGUAGCUCAAGAUUACUCUUGUGACAGCUGUGGUGAUUUGGCGACUGUGUCUUCGGCCAGUUGCGAUUUUGAUGAACUGUGUGGUUUGGAUUCAGCCUUGGAGAUGGGAUGUCGGUCCAAUGGAGACUGUCGUGCGGGUCAAGAGGCUUCUGGUAGUGGCAUAGCUCCAGGUCUAGACAAGAGUGUUCCAGGAUAUACCAUGUAUGCAAGCGGUUGGAUGUACGGUAAUCAGCAAGGUCAGAUGUGUGGCCCUUAUACGCAACAACAGCUAUAUGAUGGGCUAUCAACUGGUUUUUUACCUGAGGAUCUUCUUGUAUAUCCAAUUAUCAAUGGUUAUACUGCAAAUUCUGUACCGUUAAAGUACUUCAAGCAGUUUCCAGAUCAUGUUGCCACUGGUUUUGCAUAUCUACAAAAUGGAAUGAUAAGUGUAACCCCACCUGUUAGUUCACUUUCUCUUUCUAGUAGUAAUGCCACAGUCCAUCAAGAUGAGACUCGAACAGAGCAUGGAACUUCUGCUACUCAUUUGAUUUCCCAUCAGACGUUACCUCCACAGACCUGUUCUAAUGGUCCUGUCUCAGAUCAGCUAACAUUAAACCACGAUGAGUCAAAUCUGUUAGCUUCAUUCCUCUCAUUGGGAAACGAACAUGCUUGCUGGUUUCUUGUGGAUGGUGAAGGUAGAAAUCAUGGACCACAUUCUAUAUUGGAGCUUUAUAACUGGCAGCAGCAUGGAUAUGUUUCAGAUGCAGCCCUGAUACGUGAUGGUGAAAAUAAGCUUAGACCAAUCACAUUAGCAUCGUUAAUUGGUGUAUGGAGGGUGAAAUGUAGUGAUGCCAAUUGUGACGAGUCAUUGACUGGUGAGAGCUUCAUAUCCGAAGUUUCGGAAGAACUCUCUGUUCAUCUUCAGAGUGGAAUAAUAAAAAUAGCUAGAAGAGCUCUACUCGAUGAAAUCAUCAGCAGUGUGAUUUCAGACUUUCUUAAGGCCAAGAAAAGUGAUGAGCAUCUCAAGUCUUAUCCACCCACUUCUGCUGCACAUGUUGUUGAAUCCAUAUCGUCUCAAGUUAUUAAUGCGGAGAAAAGUGUUGUCUCAAACACUGAAACAACAGGAUGUAAGAACAUAUUGAAUGAGUGGGGUCAGAGUAGUAUAGCUGCAGAGUCGCUCAAAUAUACUAAAUCUGUUGGAAGCAUUGAGAACUUUCAGACAUCUUGCUCAGCUGUGUGUAGAACGCUUCACAACCAUUGCAUGCAAAUCAUGUGGAAUGCUGUUUUUUAUGAUACUGUGGCAACUCAUUCAUCAUCUUGGAGAAAGAAAAAACUUUGGUUUCAGUCUUCUGAUAUCUCGACCCUUAAUUACUGCAAAGGUUCCCAUAGAAAUUAUUCAGACAAACCUGAAGCAUUUAAGAGUUUUACUUGUAGGGUGGAUUCCUCUUCCUCUAAAACUGCUUACUCUAAUGAACUCGACUUACCUACCAAUGGAGCCAGCGUUCGUGGAAUGUCAUCUAGAAAAGUAACCUUACCAGAUACUGAUGGAACGGAAAGUCUCAUAGCAAGCAUCUCAGAACAUGUUGAAAGUGAACUCUUUCUGUCUCUUGAAACUCACCUAACUGAUUAUACUAGUAUUCUCAUUAAAGAUGGAGCGAAUAAUACUACUAGUACGGCACGAGAUGGCAAAAUGCAUGAGGAAAACGUGUCAUCUCUUCAGGGUUCCUUCCGUGAACAGUAUAAUCUGGAAGGGUCUGGUGAAAAGCAGAAUGACUUAAAUGUGGUUUCUGCUAAGUUGCGGUUUUCCAAUGAUUUCAGUGAUUCUCAGAGACUGUUGCAAGAGGGAGAAUCCUCUGAGCAAAUCACAUCUGAAGAUAUUAUCGCUGAUAUUUUUAGUACAACAUUGGAGACAUCAGACAUUCCUGUUAGUGAUGAACUUGAUGCUCUGGAUAUGCAUGAGCCACCACCACCUGGAUGUGAAAGCAGUAUUAAAAUGCCAUCUCUGCCCUGUAAGUUUCGGCCUGUAAGGUCCAAGGAAACCAUUCCAGAGAUUAAAGCAUAUGUUGCAACGGCUCUAUGUAGACAGAAGUUGCACAGUGAUGUUAUGAAAGAUUGGAAAUCACUGUUCAUGAAGUGUCAUCUCAACGAAUUCCUUGCUUCACGGAAAGGAAGCCAUCAACUUUCUCGUAAAGAAACAUUAGUACUGAAGAAGCGCAAAACUGUUACUCGGAACAAAAAGCUAGUACAGUCUAAUAUUUCAAAUCAAACAGCAGAUAAGCCUAGGAAACCAUGUGUCGGAUCGUCUGACAAAAUUCUGGUUAAACGAUCUAAGAAACUGUCAGAUUCUCAUUCCAUGAAAGAAGCCCUUAAAGUCGAUACACCCAGUAUAGAUUUGUCAGUUCGGAAACUAAGUCAACAGAAGAUGAGGAAUACUGAACGGCCGGAUCAUUGUAUCAUAAAGGAUGCGACGAAGUUUCAGAAAGAAAAUGUUGGCAAAGAUGCUUUUAGUAAGGUGAUCUGUGAUAAAAGCCAAGAUCUUGAAAGGGCAGAUGAAUUUGAUGACGAACUUCUUAUAACAAGACUAAGAAGAAUAUCUAGGAAUAAAUCAAAGGAGUUAAGAGAACGUAAAAAUGCUGCAAAAUCCUGUGAGGAGAUUUCAGUGUCUGCUGAAGAAUCUGAAGAAACCGUUGACCGCACAGAUCAUGAGGAAAGUCUUUCAAAUAAGUCUUCUCAGAAAGUGCAAAAAGCUCAUGUAUCAAAGCUAAAGAGAAAGAAUAUGUCAGAUGUCAUAGUCGAAGGUACAAAAUCUUCUCACAAUGGAGCAGUAAGAGGUUUUUCUGAGAUUUCUGGAAAGAAAGGUGAUACAGAAAGCCUUGGUUUUGUCACCAGUGAUAAGGUUUCCCCUCAACACCGCAGCAAGAGAAGGAAAAUAGUUGCUGCGAAGCACGGUCAGGAUAUGUCAAACCCUACUGGUAAUCCCGAGAGACUCGCUGAAGGAAAAAAAGUUGUGGAAAAGUCAGCAUGCAAUAUAGCACAGAAGGCCUGUAAGUCAUCGCAAUCAUCAAUACUAAAGAGAAAGCACCCGUCGGAUGAAAAAAUCCCGAGUGUACCUUCACGUCGGAGGUUAUCUCUUUCUUCCAAGGAUUCUGAUGAUGAUGUUGGAAAUGAAGAGAAGCUUCCCUGCGAUACAUCAGAUAAGCUGCAAAAAGGCAAUUUCCUACAAAUUUUCAGUCCGAAGAAAUUGAUGCUUAGAAGGAAGCUAUUAGCAAAACAUACAACAGAACGUUCUCCCAUUAAGGAUUUGUCAGUGGAUGAUGGCAGGGUUAAGUCGAUUGCAUUAAAACCAUUGGAAAAAUUGAGUUCAAAACCAAGCAAAAAAAAGGUGUUACAGUCAUGUCCAAAGUCUGUUGGAUGUGCACGAACAUCUAUUAACGGUUGGCAUUGGCGUGCAUGGUCGUUGAAGGCUAGUGCUGAAGAGAGAACCCGUGUUAGGGGAAGUUCUUCUGUACAUAUACAACAUUUUGGUUCCAAAAGUAAUUCGACUCAGAACGUUCUUUCUGCAAGAACUAAUAGGGCAAAAAUGCGUAAUCUUUUAGCUGCUGCAGAUGGGGCUGAUGUCUUGAAAAUUUCUCAGUUGAAGGCUAGGAAAAAGCGUUUACGGUUUCAACAAAGCAAGAUUCAUGAUUGGGGUCUUGUCGCACUUGAACCGAUUGAAGCUGAGGACUUUGUGAUCGAAUAUGUUGGAGAGUUGAUACGUUCUUCUAUAUCUGAGAUACGUGAACGCCAAUAUGAAAAGAUGGGAAUAGGAAGCAGUUAUCUUUUCAGGCUUGACGAUGGUUAUGUGGUUGAUGCCACAAAGCGUGGUGGCAUAGCGAGGUUUAUCAACCAUUCAUGUGAGCCGAACUGUUACACCAAGAUUAUAAGCGUAGAGGGUAAGAAAAAGAUAUUCAUUUAUGCUAAGCGGCAUAUAGACGCCGGUGAAGAAAUAAGUUACAACUACAAGUUCCCACUGGAGGACGACAAAAUCCCCUGUAACUGUGGAGCGCAAAAGUGCCGUGGAUCGCUAAACUAAGGAGGGACGUGGUUUUUAGAGGAAACUGAAUCGGAAUUGCUAUAAAAGAUUAGCAAUCUC